GCCGCGGGGCGCUGCUCACCGCCCCCUCCUUCCCCAGGAUAUGGAGUUGGAGCCGCGAGGGAACGGCCUGGAGCCCGUGGGGCACUACGAGGAGAUUGAGAUCUCGGAGAGCAGCGUCAACAACGGCCCCGAGCACAUCGGUCCGCACUGCUUCGAGCUGCUCCGCGUCCUGGGCAAGGGCGGCUACGGCAAGGUAUUCCAGGUCCGCAAAGUGCAGGGCACCAACACGGGCAAGAUCUUUGCCAUGAAGGUCUUGAAGAAGGCAAAGAUCGCCUGCAACGCCAAGGACACAGCGCACACGCGGGCCGAGAGGAACAUCCUGGAGGCCAUCAAGCACCCCUUCAUCGUUGACCUCAUGUACGCCUUCCAGACAGGCGGCAAGCUCUAUCUCAUCCUGGAGUGCCUCAGCGGUGGGGAACUCUUCAUGCAGCUCGAGCGGGAGGGCAUCUUUCUAGAGGACACUGCCUGUUUCUACCUUAGCGAGAUCACGUUGGCGCUGGGCCACCUGCACUCCAACGGCAUCAUCUACCGAGACCUCAAGCCCGAGAACAUCAUGCUCAACAGCCAAGGCCACAUCAAGCUGACCGACUUCGGGCUGUGCAAGGAGUCGAUCCAUGACGGGGCCGUCACACACACCUUCUGUGGCACCAUCGAGUACAUGGCCCCGGAGAUCCUGGUCCGCAGCGGACACAACCGGGCAGUGGACUGGUGGAGCCUGGGCGCCCUGAUGUACGACAUGCUCACAGGAUCGCCCCCCUUCACAGCCGAGAACCGCAAGAAAACCAUCGACAAAAUCCUCAAGGGCAAACUGGUGCUGCCGCCCUACCUGACCCCCGAUGCGCGGGACCUGCUCAAGAAGGCAGGUGCCACCCCCGGGCCUGUUGGCGGCCGCAGGGGCUUCACCUACGUGGCCCCCUCGGUGCUGGAGAGCAUCAAGGAGGGCUUCUCCUUCCAGCCCAAGGUGCGCUCUCCGCGGCGCCUCAACAGCAGCCCCCGUACUCCUGUCAGCCCCGUGCAGCCCCACGUCCCUGCGCAGCCCCAU